AUGAACGAAUUCUGCAAAUGCCGACCUCCGACCUUUCACGGAGACACCAACCCUGUCGUGGCUGAGACAUGGCUGAAUGAGGUCAAGAUGAUCCUCAGAACUCUCGGAAUUACUCAAGACGGAGAUCGAGUGGCUCUGACCACUUACCAGCUGAAGGGAGAAGCUCGCUAUUGGUGGGACCUGAUGGAGGCCACCCAUACCAUAGCCAAUUUGACCUUUGCCCAGUUCGAGGCCUUGUUUUUUGACAAAUACUUCCCCACGCCUCUUCGCCUGGCCAAGGAACAAGAGUUUCUGAACUUGAAGCAAGGAACGCUGACCGUCACCCAGUACGCGGCCAAAUUCGAAGAACUAUCCCGCUACGCCCUAACCUCCAUACCAACCGAAGACAAGAAAGCCAGAAGGUUCGAGUGGGGGCUGACGACUGCUCGAAAGGCUGUGGUAGCUCAAGCCUUCGCCACCUAUGCUGAAGUGGUGAAGUGUGCACUCCGGCUAGAGAGUGAGGAAUUGGACUUCAAAACCCGAUGGAGGAAAGCUACUGAUGGCACUGGUGGACCAAUCCGAACCCAACCACCCAACGACAAUCGUGGACCCUACCCCACCAAAUCCUCUAACCCGUCUCUAAGCACCCAACCUUGGAGGACUGCUAUCCCUAAAAGUGGUGAACCAAAGAGAGGUGGUAGAGACAUAGCGACAGUUCAGUGUUUCAACUGCCCGGCUAUAGGUCACUAUAAGUGCGACUGCCCCCAACUUCAAAGAGGAGGGAAUGGAAGCUUUUGA